CUCGGUUGUGGGAAGUUGCCAUUUAAAUACACACGGAGCAUCAUGGCGGACAGUUGGGAGAGUCCCUCUUCACAGACGAAGGUCAGCCCGACGGUGAAGCGCUGCUCCUGCUGACCGACUGACCCACCCACCGGCCGCCCGUUUCCAACCGAGUCGAGAGGAAUAUGUCUGAAAAUUGUCAAUCAUAUUGGAACAGAAAUGCCUUAAGGGUGUUGUUGGAGUAAAGCCAAGCUGCUUACAUGUCCCCAAGAUGAGUGGAAUGGGUGAAAAUUCCUCCGACUCUGCGAGAAUAGAUUCGAGAAAACGCAAGGAAUCACCAUGUGACCACCCACGACCAAGCCCUAAACGCAGCACUGAGAAACGUCAUCGGGAGCAAGAGAAUAAAUAUAUCGAAGAACUUGCUGAGCUGAUAUUUGCUAAUUUUAAUGAUAUUGACAACUUCAAUGUAAAACCAGACAAAUGUGCAAUCUUAAAAGAAACUGUGAAACGAAUCCGUCAUAUAAAAGAGCAGGAAAAGGCUGCUGCAAACGAAGAUGUGCAAAAGGCUGAUGUGUCCUCUACAGGCCAAGGUGUCAUUGACAAGGAUGCACUUGGACCAAUGAUGCUCGAGGCUUUGGAUGGAUUCUUUUUUGUGGUCAAUCUUGAAGGACAUAUAGUGUUUGUCUCUGAGAAUGUGACCCAGUACCUGAAAUACAACCAGGAAGAGCUUAUCAACUCCAGUGUAUACAGCAUACUACACGUUGGUGACCAUGCAGAGUUUGUGCGAAAUCUUUUGCCCAAGUCUCUUGUGAAUGGGGUGCCUUGGUCCAAUGAAACUCCAAGACGGAACAGUCACACUUUCAACUGUCGUAUGUUGGUUAAACCACCUGGUGACACUGAAGAGGAAGGGCAUGAUAACCAGGAAGCACCUCAGAAAUAUGAAACUAUGCAGUGUUUUGCUGUAUCUCAACCAAAGUCCAUAAAAGAAGAGGGCGAAGAUUUGCAGUCCUGCCUGAUCUGUGUUGCAAGGAGAGUCCCUAUAAAGGAAAGACCACAAUUUGCUAACACUGAAAGCUUUACGACAAGACAUGAUUUAACAGGCAAACUAAUAUCUCUAGAUAUAAAUGCAUUACGUGCAUCAAUGAAACCAGGUUGGGAAGACUUGGUGCGAAGGUGUAUUCAAAGAUUUCACCUGCAAAAUGACAAAGAGAUUGCUUUUGCUAAGAGGCAUCAUCAUGAAGUGUUGAGGCUUGGACAGGCUCUGAGUCCUGUGUAUCGGUUUUCAUUGUCUGACGGCACGAUGGUUGCAGCACAAACAAGGAGCAGGCUUAUGCGCACUUCAAAUACCAAUGAGCCUCAAUUUAUCAUGUCACUGCAUGUUGUUCAAAGAGAACAAAAUGUUUGUGGGAUGAAUCAGGAAACAACUGGACAAGGAAUGGUGAAGCCAAUGAAUCCAAGUUCCAGUAGCCCAGCCAUGGCAGGGGUUUCUGCUGCAGCAACCGGCCAGGAGAUGACGAUGAGCAACAAUACAAGCUUCUCCAUGAAUGGCCUGAAGGAGCAAACAGGCAUGGGACAGAUGCCAGGAAACAGGUUUGUUACAGGUGGAAUGAACCAUGUAUCGGGCAUGCAAGCAGCCACUCCUCAGGGUAGUAACUAUGCACUCAAAAUGAACAGCCCAUCAAGAAGUAGCCCUGGUGUAACUGUGGGGCAGCAGACUUCCAUGCUUUCUCCAAGGCAUCGUGGAAGUCCUGGAAUGGUUGGAAGCCCUCGCAUCUCAGCGAACCAGUUUUCUCCCAUAGGAAACAUGCAUUCUCCAGUGGGAGUUUGCAGCAGCACAGGGAAUAGCCAUAGCUACUCCAGCAACUCCCUUAAUGCACUUCAAGCCCUGAGUGAAGGCCAUGGGGUAUCACCUGAACUGAAAGUGGUGACUUCACAAAAUUCUCCGGGAGGUAUCAGUUCUUCAUUGGUUAAAAAGGGGAGCAUGGAUUCCAAAGAUUCUUUUGGAUUGUUGAGUGAGCAAGUCCAACCAGAGAACGCAACUGGACAGUCGGACAGUGGACUUUCUGGGGAGCAGAAAGAAAACAGUGAAAGUAAUUUAAAUCCAUUUGGUGGUGCAGAAAGGACUGAUGGGCAAAGCAAGGGGCAUGACGGCAAAGGCCACACAAAACUCUUACAAUUGCUGAUCACUAAAUCUGAUCAAAUGGAAUCUUCCCCUUUGCCAAGUGCCACUGGGGAUUCGGUUAAGGACUCCACAGGAAAUUCGUCAGGACUACUGUCUACUUCAGCGGUGACAUCAUCCACAACCAACACCUCCUCUUCACACGGGCCCUCGCUGAAAGAAAAACAUAAAAUUUUGCACAGACUUCUGCAGGACAGCACCUCUCCUGUCGACUUGGCAAAGCUGACAGCUGAGGCCACAGGUAAAGAACCCAACCAGGACACGAGCAGUUCAGUUCCUGGUGCAGAAGUAACUGUUAAACAGGAGCAAAUGAGCCCUAAGAAGAAAGAAAAUGCACUACUUCGUUAUUUACUGGAUAAGGAUGAUACAAGUAUGCAUAAUAUUAAGCCUAAACUAGAACGGCUGGAUAGCAAGUUAGAUUCCUGCAUGAGCACUAAAACAGUCAUGAAGUCUGAGAAGGAAAUUAACUUUGAGCCAUCUGAACAGCAGAUCAGCAGUGACUUGGAUAACUUAGAAGAAAUUCUUGAUGACCUGCAGAACAGUCAGUUGCAACAGCUUUUCCCAGACUCGAAGACGGCACCUGCCAGCGGGCCAGUUGACAAGCAGACCAUCUUCCAAGACCUUCUGCAAAUUGGCAAUGAAAGUGUCUCUGCAUCCCCUCUUGGAACACAGAACCCAUUACCUGGGAUACUACAAAACACUUUCAACAAUCCUCGAGCUAUACAGCCACCCAGGCCGCAACAACAGGGUCGAUCUGCAGCAUUGGACAUGCACAUGCAAGGUCAGACAAGUGCAGGACCAUUCCCACCAAUGCGAAAUAGUGGUCCAUAUGCAGUAAUGUCACAGCAAGUGAUGGGUAAUCAAGGGAUUUUGACAAGUCAAGGAAAUUUAGCAACCAAUGCAGGACUGGUCAGUAAUAUGGGAAGUGGUGCCCCUCGAUCCAGCAUGGCUUCAGUAGACUGGGGUCAAUCAAGCUCUGCUGUCAAUACCACGAGUAGCACAGGAUCGAACACAAUGACCAGGGCAACUCUGCAAGGUAGUAUGGUAUGCAAUACUACACCUGGCAUUCCUAUGAGACCGAACAGUCAACCUGGUCAGAGACCGAUGAUCCAGACGCAAAUGAUGGGGUCAUCUGAAAUAGAAAUGAGUAUGGGAGGCCCCCCAUACAGCCAGCAACAAGCACCACCAAACCAAACAGCACCUUGGCCAGACAGUAUAAUGCCUAUAGAAACGGGGCCUUUCGUCAGUCAAAAUCGUAGGCAAUCCUAUAACAGUUCUCAAGAUGAUCUACUUUGUCCAUCUAUUCCAAUGGAAACUCCGAAUGAUGAAGGGACAAUUCUGGAUCAGCUGCGUUCAGCAUUAAAGAAUAUUGAUGAACUUGGUCUGGAGGAAAUUGACCGGGCCUUGGGAAUACCCGAACUGGUCAACCAGAGCCAGUCUGUGGAUCACCAGACAGAAUCGUUCCCAAGCCAGAAAUCUGCAAUGAUGGUGGAAAAGCCUCAAGUUUAUAAUCAGCCAUUUGGUUCUCAGACUACUGUAGUACAAGGGAACUACUCCAACAUGCAAGAUCCGAAUUUUCAUCCUUUGGCUACUCAAGUGGGGCAGCGACCAGGAUACUCGAUGUUACGUAUGCAACCGAGGCCUGGGUUAAGGUCUCCUGGUAUGGUACCGAACCAGCCCAAUCAGCUUAGGCUUCAACUGCAGCAAAGACUUCAAGGGCAACAAAUGAAUCGUCAGCCACUAAUCAAUCCACUUACCACCGUCUCCAACAUGAAUCUACCUCUAAGGGCUAGUGUGCCACCACAGAUGAGUAGUCAGGGACCCAUUAAUGCCCAGAUGCUGGCCCAGAGACAGCGUGAGCUUUUGAAUCAGUAUCUGCGUCAGAAACAGUUGGUGCAGCAGGUACCCCAGAGGACCAUGAUGAUGCGGCAACAGGGGUUGAACAUCUCACCAAACAUGGCAAACUCCAGCAACAUGGCGGGAGCCAUGACCACUCCUCGGAUUCCUCAGGCAUCACCACAACAGUUCCCAUACCCUCCAAACUAUGGUACUGGGCUUACUUCCCCACCACCUUCCACCAGUCCUUUCUCCCCGGUGUCCCCAAAUCCAGGGACACAGCUCCUCUCUCACAGCUCCUUGCAUGGCUCCCAGAUGAAUAUGGCUAACCAGGGAAUGAUAGGAAAUGUGGGAGGACAGUUUGGGGCUGUAUUGAGUCCCCAAAUGCAGCACAAUGCCUUCCAGUUUCCCAGUUCAGGAAUGAAUCAGCAGUCUGACACAGGAUUUGGUGGAGCUACAACUCCCCAGAGCCCAUUAAUGUCUCCAAGGAUGAGUCAUACGCAGAGUCCAAUGAUACAACAGUCUCAAUCUACACCGACUUACCAGUCGCCUUCUGAGAUUAAUGGCUGGCCACAGGGGAAUCUGAAUGGAAACAGCAUGUUUUCACAGCCAUCCCCGCCACAGUUUGGACAACAGGCAAACACCAACAUGUACAGCAACAAUAUGAAUAUCAGUGUUUCUAUGGCAACCAAUACUGCCGGUAUGAGCAACAUGAAUCAGAUGUCAGGGCAGAUUAGCAUGACCUCAAUGACCUCUGUGCCUACAUCAGGAUUGUCCUCUAUGGGUGCUGAACAGAAAUAUUGCUGACCCUCAGGAUUGCUGCUCCUCCUGUCUUCAUGUGUUUGCUGAUGUACAGUGCAAGAUCCCGUUUAGGUGGCAACCAACAAACAAGCUCCUCCAGAUCAAGCCAAGAAAAGUACAGCAGCCAAUUGAACUCUCAGCCAGGCUUAGAGAAAUUGUUACAAGAGUUGCUACUGGAGUGAAGGGCUCCUUUGUAGCAAUGUACUUGCCUACUGAAGCUGCUUUGCCCAUUGCAUUCACCAUAAGUGUGACUUAAGUCUGUCCUCACAAUGGAUUGACAUCGGCUUUGACCCCUGUCCGAUGAAUGUAUUUCUAUCGUCAUUUUGCAGGAUGAGCACGUAAUUGCUCUUUUGAUUUUGAUCCUCAGUGGUUGCUGACUUUUCUGCUGUUUAAUCCAACGUGCAGGCUUUCAGCUGUGUUUUCCUCCAACAGUAUUUAGAAAUGCAGCUUCUUUUUGAAAGAUUUUGCUGUGUGUAAUUAAAAACAGAACUUGCAGAUAAGCUGAGUGAAUGCUGUUAAAGUAACAAAUUUUGGGUUUGGAAAGUAUCUAAGUGGAAUUUGACAUUGUUUUUACGUUUUUGAUAAAACCAAAUGGGGAUAGACUUCAGGUAGGUUGUUAGUUGAUGUCAGCAAAAGAAUUAGUGUAUUAUCUUUUUUAUACUGGGGUUCUGCUCUGUGGAGUCAUGGCUUAACAUCUGGGAUGUACGAUUUUUCUUUGUCACCAUUUUUAAUUACAACAGUUAACAAGUAGAAUGUAUCUGAUUCCACAGACCAAGACUACAUGCUAAAUGUUCUCAGCUCUAUAGAUGUUCACCAGUUACACAAUAAUAACUUGUCCUACAGCUGCUGUUGCUAAAUGACAGAAGAACUAAAACAUCAACACGCUCUGAUCUUUUACAUAACCAGAUAGAACAAGCUUUUUUGACCCUUACAUCGAGUAGAGAUCCAGAAUACCUGAACUGUUGCUCUUUUCCUUUUUCCUUGGAGACACAAUGGUCACGUUUUCACACUGGCUACCACAGGAGCAGCUGGCUUCUUCCAGACUAACAACCCAUGGUGUUCCCCAUGUAAUGGUGGCGGGAGCUUUUCAAUCUCCAGCAGUUAAUCUCUCCUCCACACUACUAUCUCACAAGCAGCAAAAUUACCAACAAAAGUAUUUGAUUUCACCUGGCAGGGAACUCAUGGCCAGUCUCACUGCACAGGCAGCAGAAACUGUCCUGUCUUUCACCGGUUCCACAUUCCUAAUCCUAUAACAGUAGCUGGUCUAUUCUGACAAAAUGUCACUGGAUUCUUUUGUGCCAAGGACUGAUUUUCCAUCAUCCCCACUUUCCAAGCUUUCUUCCUUGUCUUUCUGUCUCCUUUUUCUCCAAGUCAUUGCUAAUCUCUCUUAGACUAUACUCCAUCAUAGAGGCCAACUAUUCCAGGAGUACGAAGGUCUCUUCUCUGUCCACCUGUGUGAGCAUUUUAGAAACAUGAUCCUGUAGACCAGACUAAGCUGUGAUGUGGAAUUCAGCUGCAUCACUAAAAAAAACUCCCAGAUUCUUCUCCAUCAUAAGCACUUUGAGAUAAUUCUGUAAAGACAAAAUAAUGAAAGCAAAGCUGAAAGUUACUUCUCUCCUUUUUAUUUUUGUAGUAUGUUGCUUACACAUUUUCAUGGUUUUGAUGCAACUUAGCAUGUGUUGUUUGUGUUCACUUGUAGAAACUAAUGUAUCAUGGCUCUAUUGCAUGAAGUUCAGUGGAGUAACCAGCCCAGAAAUUGUAAAGCUUGGAGAUGAUGAGAAAAAGUUAUUUUUGUUGAAUUUCUAAAUGGAAAGGAUAAUCAGCAGGAAUCUAUGCUGAUUCUCAAUGAUUUAAUGAUGAAACAUAUUCAUCUAAAUAUGUAUUACAGUGCAUUAACACUCUUAAAUAAUUGUCCCUGAGCAAUUAAUUUGACCUCUGGCACCAAACAGCCAGGAACAGUGGCGUUAAGAUGCUUGUAAGUUUUCAUUGUGAACAGGGAAAUUAUUUAGCAUUUGACUGGAUUUGCAAUAGCUGAAUUGAUCCAAAGGUCUUCAUGUAUAUACAGCCAAUAAUAUAUUAAUCUUGGUUAUGUUUCUGCUCCCUCCUCUGUAUCCUUCUAUCUACAAACACACAGAAAACCAUUCCAAUUUAGAUGGAGUGUUAUCAGAUGGCACAACCCUUGCUAAUGGAUGAAGAGACCAGUCUCUGAAAGGCAGGUUCAGCUGCCACACAUGAAACUACCAGCUGUUGACAUGGUUUAUCGUCCUCAGCAUUGGCAUCUGUUGCCAUGCCAAUAUAGCCACUCUUCGUUAUGUUGGUACAUGCCAGCCUACAGGAGGUGUCAUCAUUUUCCACAUCAGCUAGUGUCUCCCAGGUGCUGUAAUCAUUAUCUAAAAUCUUCAUAAUGUGCUUGCAAACAGAGUUUUGGGCAUGCCACCAGUCGUUUGGCACCAAGCACCUCACCGUAGUGAAAGCCCUUGGUUUUAUGACCGUCUUCCAUCCUUUGGAUGUGCCCAAGCUGACAAAGUCUCCUCUGAAUGCAAACUUCAGAGGUUUGCUUUUUGAGAGGAUUGCCACUCUUGUGGAAUUUGUCCUGAUUGGAUAAAGCGCAACAAACAGCAAAGACAGAAAUUGUUUAGCCUCUUGCCCCAGCUAAGCGGUUUUAAUUCUAAUGCCAUAAACAAAUGCAAUUUAAAAUAGCCAUUCUAGAGAACUACAUAAAUGUGUUUGGAAUUUAGGGUUUUGAUGUGUUUCUCUUGAAGUAUACUUAUGUUUUUUUUAAAAAAAUUCUGCAUUUAUUUUGUAGCCAGUCUGAAAUAUUGGGUUUGAAAGAUUAUCAAGUUUAACUGGCAUGUCAGUCAGAUAUUUUAGUGUCAUCAGUUUCAUUUAAGUAGAGGAAUCAAAGCAGUUUUUAAAAUUGAUCAGAUUAAACUGAAACUCUUCAGAGUAGAUUACCACCACAACAUUAUCUUAUCGAAGUUUAUUAGCCCAGAUCAUUUUUGAUGCCAGAUGUAUAAAUCAUAAACACAGACUAUAACCCUCUGUGUAAGUUUUCUUUAACUAAUGGAAUUUAUCUUUACACUCAUGACUGUGCUACUGGUCUGUUUAGUUGAGUUUACUUGCAUAAGUAUUCAUGGGAUAGUAAAGCUUGUAUUGUGAACCAUAAGAAUAAGGUAUUGGGGCUGUUCAAGUUAAUGCUCUAAAUAGUUUAUUGUUCUUCAUAGCUUUAUAAUGCUGUGGGAUCAGAGAAUAUAGGCGUUUUUGUAAGUUACAGAAACCCAGUGCUUCGUUACUAUUUCCUAAAGUCAGUGGCAAUUUCCAGGUGCAAAAUGUGGCAGUUCGAGGAUUAGAUGCCACCACAACUAACAAAACACAAAUAGCCAUAACAUUUUCAAAUGGUAGAGUAUUUUGUAAAUUAAAACAUGAUGACUUUUGGAAAGCAUUUGGGUAUAUAAGCGUCUGAUGUAUGUAACCAAGCAAUAACUUUUACUUGAGAGCAUAUGUUUUACAUACUUGUAGAAUUUUGAUGAAGUAAAGUUCUUCAGUUGAUUCAAAGUGAGGUACAACAGUAUUAUGUUAGAUACCUUGGUAGCAGCCUCUCUCUCUCUUAUUGUACAUAAAAUAAAAAUCAUGAUGCCUUGAUAAGUAGCUAUGGAAUUUGUUUAAGUAACAUUGAUGAGGCCAACAAAUUAUCUGGUGGUUCUCAUAGGUAGCGAGCAACCAUUUUUAGUUUUCAAAUUGUACGGAUAUCAAGCCUAAUUCCCAGCAAACUGCUACACUGAUCUGCAUAGUUUCCCUCAAUCUAAUAGUUUGAUUAGAAUUGGAAGACUUGGUGAAUAAAUUGGAAGCAGGUGCUUAGUUUAUCAAGCUGUUAUAGGGACCUGAUGAUUUUGUAUUUGUGUAUCAGGCUACAACGGAACAUGCUGUCAAUAAUGGCCCAAUACCAACACUGAUCAUAUUGAUCACUGUACAGAGACUGAAUAACUGGCCUGGUUUUGCCUCAACAGUUGCUUUUAGGAAGAGGUUCUAUCACAUCUUUCAGCUGCAGAUCAUUCAGUUGAUGAAGAACUGCGUUAUUUCCGUGUUAAGAUGACAUCUUUGUGUUUCAGACUGCUUUAGUAUGAUAUAGCUUUAUGUAAAUACUGCUGUGAAUUAGGAAAGUUUUCUGAAAUGCAGGCAUUUAAUUUUGCCGAGUUUAGAGCCUAGACCUUUGCGUUUGUGUCUAUGGGAACAUUAUGUAAUACCUAACAACAUGUUUUCUGUAUUUAUUCUAUUUUAUAUACGCUUUAUCUUGAUAGACAUGGUUUCCAACUGGACAUGUCACUGUUGGAAUUGUGAAAAUGAUAAAUCUGCUGUUGCCCACAGAGCCAAAAGAUUUUUAAAACAAAAUUUCUGGUAAAAAUGAGAACGUGUAUGUCAUGCGGUCAUUUAAACCCUAUAUAGUGUAACCUCGAUUUAUAUCUUCUGUAGAUUUGAAUGCCUCAAGGUCUAUUCUCUUGGAAAGUGAGGGUGCAUGGGAGCUACUUUCAUUAGGAAGCAACAUCUCUCUGAUUGAUUGAACAUAAUGCAAUCUAUAAUAUUUUCCUCUAACAAAAUUUAAAAUAAUGAUGCAAAAUUAACAUUAAGAACUAUGUAUUGUAAUGCUGUACAUUGCAGACAAGCAGGGCUGUGUAGCUCCGUUUGCAAAAUCCAAAGAUUUCACUGAGUUGAUUUUAAAAUACAGCUAAGCCAUGGUAUGUUGGUGUGGUUGAACAUCAUUUUAUAGUAUUUCUACACAAUUGAUUGUUGACUGGAUGCAGACACAUUCUCUGUACAAACUAUACUAUGGAUUUUCAAUUUGAUAGGCACUUCCCGUCUACUUUUUUCAUUUAGAGCUUGAACUUGUUUUGUAAAACCUUGUCAAUUUCUUAGUACAGUGCAGGAAACUCAAAUGCUAUAACUUAGCAUAAUGCCUUAGAUAUGUUUUUAUGUCCUGUAUAUUCCUAGCAGCUGUUUGUUGUAUUAUAUUGUUUGUAUAGUGAAUUGUGUAAAAUUUUUGAAUGUGUCAUCAGUUAUUAAUUUUUUUGUCAGAUAAAUAGAAAUAUCAUAGCAAUAUGGAUCCAUGGUUAUUGCUUAGUUUUUUGCAGUUAUUUUGUUCCUUUGUGGUCAGUAGCGGGUCACUAUUUGUAUAAUGUAUUUUCCCCCCCAGUCUCUGAGAGGUGUAUAUUGACAAGUUGCAAAUUCUAAGCAAUAUGUAAAGUAAGAUUCUUCAGAAGGCUUACAGUGUUGCAAGUUCAGAGAUGUAUUUUUUUUUAGUUCACACUAAACACCUUUCCUUCUUCUGGCAGCCAUGUUUGUAUCCUUAUUGUGAGCAUUUUAUGCCAAGUUAGGUAUAUUCAAAGAAACUUAAAAAAUACAUUUAUGCAAGUUGUUAACUAAUAUUGCUUUUGCUGAUGUCAUUUGCUUACUUGAUGUUAAAUAAUGCUGUUGUAAAUAAAGAAUCCUGUUAUUGCGAUGUUUAAUAAAAUUUAAUUCCUUUGAA